UCCUAUUCGUUUACGGUCACGUGACCGGAAGUCCGACAUGUAGCGGUCGAAUGUGGCUUUUUGAAAAAUGAAAACAAAAACAUCCCAGGUGUUUGGAUCUGUAUUGGUGUUUUUUUUCGCCAUACAUUAAGCGGAGUAAAUGCGUUUCUAUGACUGCAGCAAACGAUUCUUCAUAUGAUGACGGAGUUAGAUGUGAGAACCGGAACCAGCUGACGCCGAAUCACUGCUGUUCCUCAGGCCGAUGAUCCGCUGCAGCUCCGACAUGGUUGACAGAAUCCACCAACAUGGACGACUCUGACCAGGAUUUUGUAGAUUUUAGCUCAAAGUUACUGAAACGCAUCCGCAAGAAACCGGGAGAAGCAACCAAACCGACCAGGAAAGCAGACGUGACAACUUCCGGUCAAAGAUGCGCCAAAGAGCAAACAGAGGAAGACUCUGGUUGCAGCUCUGCGGCUCCCGCGCGCGGAGGAGGAGGUGGGGAGGAGGAGGAGGUGGAGGCGACCUCCAGAGAAGGACCCCAUGGAUCAGGAGGUGCUGGGUCAGCAGGACAUCUGAGGGCGAAGGACAAAGUUCUUCUCCGGAUGCAAAAGUUCAAGAGAGCCAGUCCUCAGAGAAUGGGCCUCGGUGAUGGGACCAAAGCCAAACCACGUCACGGCGCCCUGGAUUAUCCUCGUCAAGUGCAAGGGAAGGGUAGCUCCCUCGGCGCCGGAGGUCUGAACGGUGACGAGGCUCUCGCUCUACGCCUGCAGCUGGAGAUGGACCAGGAGGCAGCAGAGGCUCAGACGGUGGAGCUGGAGGACGGAGGCCUCUUCUUCUGUCAGAUCUGUCAACGAGACUUAUCACACAUGACGCCUGAGGGACGGACACAUCACCUGAACAGAUGUCUGGAUGAGAGCGAAGAAAGUGGCCCCGCCCCCUCUGGAUCCUCCGGCGUUCCGGAUUGUCCCAUUUGUGGCAAGAAGUUCAGGUCCCAGAAGAGCUGCUGGGCCCACCUGAAGCGCUGCUCAUCAGAAAUGGGCGUUCCUGCUCCGGUGCUGCUGCAGGCUCUACAGAGAGGAGCCCAGGAGAACCGGACCGCUGCCAACACUGUCACAGAGACCGCGGGCGCCAAACGGAAGAGUCCGUCCACGUCAACGCUUCCUGUGAGGAAGAGGUUCAGGAGGAAGAGGGAACCCCUAGACGAAGAGACCCAGCUGGCUCUGGCCCUGUCCACCUCCCUGCAGGAGAAGGAGAAGGAGGAGGAGUCAGUGACGACGCUGCAGACUGAUGCGGCGUCCUCCCACAGCGCUACAGCUGAAGCUCUGAAGUGGCGCCCGGAUGGCGGUAGGGGGCGUGGCAAGAAGAAGAAGAACGCCACCCGCCCUCGUCCUCCCCCUCUCCUCCUGAUUCAGGACGCCAAGAUGGCCUCAACGCGCCUGCAGGAACGGGUUUCCGCCCUUCUUCUUCGGUGCCGAGCCCCUUCUCCACCAACCCCCUCCCGACAGCCCAGCGCUCUCCAUGGCCGGGCGGGCGACGCCCCCUUGUGGCGUAGAAGUGCGCUGUUGGCGGAAGGCUCUGCGGGUCUGCAGUCCUUCUGCGUCGCAGAGCUCCAGGAGUUUUUCACGCCGUUGGAAUCCAUAAAGACGCCGUACAACGCCGGCGUCCAGCCCGACUCCUCCUUGCCGUCUGCGGGCCGAGGACCACCGGCCACAGAGAGCCACGCCUCCGUCCCGCCCCUUUGCUCCCAGAAUGCCUCUUUCUCCUUGACUCCACCCACCCCCAGGACGGGGGAGCUGUCGGUGGGCAGCCAGGCCCUUCGAGACCUGAUGGAGCUGGCUGAGGAGGGCAUGACGUUGACCCAGUAUGGAUAUUCAGCAGAAGCUCAGCAUCUGAGCGGCUUCAUCCAGGAGGGGUCGGAGGAGCAGGUGGGCAUCUGCACCAGCGGCCUCCUGGCAGAAACGGGAGCCCCCCACGUCCAGGUGGAGAGGCUGGCUGCACAGUCAGGGGAGGAAAACGACCCGCACAGCCACCAUUCACAACUGCUCUCUUCAUCUGUUCUGCAGAAGGUGGCGCUGUCCCGGCUGUCAUCAGACCUCAGUGGGAUGGUGAACAACCCUCAGCUCAGCGACGUGCAGCUCCAGGUGGACAGUGGAGAACUGUUCCACGCACACUCCUUCAUGCUGUACGCCCGCUGCCCCCUGCUGGCUGAAAUGCUGCAUGAGAGCGGCAUCAGAGUGCAGGAGGAAGGCUUGCCAGCGGCUCAGCGGGUGGUGCUGAGCGACGUCCCCGGACAGGCGGUGUUCAUGCUGCUGCAGUACCUCUACACCGCCCAAUGCUCCGUCCCUGCAUCGCUGCAACCCCACAUGCUGGAGCUGGCAUCCAGGUUCGAUCUGCAGGAACUGCAGCAGCUUUGUCGCCUCCAGCCAAAAGACGCCACGACGAAGGACCCAGAGGAAGAUCACACAGACCAGGCCUUCGUAGACCUGCUCAGAUCUAUGUGGGAUGAAGAGGAGGAUGAAGCUGCAGAGCUGGAUGAAGGUGGUGGUGAUGGCAAACCGGCGGUGGAGGAUCGUGGAGCCGACGAGGUCAUUUUAUAUGACAGAGAGAUAGGCGAGGAGCGAAUAAAUGAGGAAGAGCUGGAGGAGAUCUAUGAGUUUGCAGCUACACAGAAGAAGGAGGAAGAGGAGGAGAGUGAGGAGGAGGAACAGGAAGAGGCCAUGAUCAUUACACAUUUGUUUGAACCGCGAAAAAGCUUCAUCGAAACAGUUCAGUUGGAGUCAGAUCAGUUCUUGGAUCGCUGUGGUUCAAAAUCCCAAACCGUCCACCAGGAGACAGAAGCCUCUUCUACCUCCAACCGGACUCCGACUCGGUCCAGGGAAGGGGAGGGUUCUGACAGACCUGUCCUUCAGUCAUCAGGAAGUUCCCUCAGUCCCCCACCCAGGACCUUCAGCCUGCCUGGACCAGGACUGUCUCCUGCUCAUGUGGAUGGACAUGACCACAGAGAUGCUGCUGCUGAACUGGACGAGCCUUUGAAGCACCAAAGUCCUGACGCCGUCUGCCCUCCUUCCUUUCUGCAGAAAGAGGAACCUGAGUUCAUCGUUUUGUCUGAUUCAGGGGAGGAGAACCACAAUGUUCCUUGUUCUCCUGACAAGAACCUGCAGAGCUACACGCAGAUCCGAUCCAGGCAGGACUCCUCACCCGCAGAGGAGAGAAAGGAGUCCAGAGGCCUGGACUUUGGUCCUGUUGAUCCACCAGUGUGUUCUCCAGAGGUGUCCUGGCUGAGCUUCACUCCAGUCCAAGCAGAGAGGAGCUCAAGAAGCAGCUCUACUCAAACUAGAAGCAGCAUGUGCAGGACCAAGCUCUUCUCCAGAGUGGACUCCUCCUCAGGGUUCUCCUCUCCCACCUGCAACCGCCACCGGGACGUUUCUGCGUCUUCAUCGCAGAGCUGCCAGCCACCAGCCAGGCUGAAGCAGAGCCAGCUUCUACUCAGGAGCGAGGAUGAAGAGCGGCCCCAUUCCCAACCAUGCAUCAGCACCCCCCUGCAGACGGACCACCACCACCCCGCUGACCUUCUGGCUGCCUCCCCCCUCCUCCCCGACAACAAGCCCAGUCAAAGGAGGAGAUCCUCCGAGAACUCGGACUGGAGACGACUUCACGUCUCCCCUCAGUCUAAGCCGGCUGCUUCAUCUUCAUCUUCAUCACCCAGCAGGAGACCUCCCUCUGAGAGCUCCAGCUGUGACAGUCCAGGUGUCAGAGUUCAGAGGAUGGAAGCAGGAAGUGAUGCUGAUGCUGAGCAGGAAGAGGGAAAAGGUCCGAAUGGAGCGGAGAGUGGAGAGGCCAGCCUUCAGCAAAGCUUCACGGACGAGCCCCCGAUAGCUUACAAUGAUUCAUGGGGUCUGGACGUCUAUGAGGACGCGGGUCCGGCCUGCUUCAGUCUGAGACUGGAAGAUGGUUCUGGAUCCAGCCUGCAGGAGCAACAUGAAGCCUCCAGAAGCUCCAGCUCAGCUCCGUCUGAGCUUCUCCCCGCCGGUCACAGGGGUCAGCCAGGCCCCAGAGGGGUGAGGUCUAACUCCGCACGGCAAAGUCCACGACCGCAGUCGAGCCGUCGCUCCUCCACAGCCUCACCGCCUUACAGUGGCCGCACCCCGCCUAAAAUCCAGGCCAGCCUUCUGGACUCUCAGCUGUGGGACAGUUGGGGAGAAGAUGAUGAAGUCCUUCCUCUGUCUCAGAGGGUGAACCCAGCAAAGCACCUGAAAACCCCAGCCCCAUCUCACAGAAAAAGGCGUGUCAGCGUGGUUCCCAUCACACCAAUGCCAUCCUUCUCUGACAUGGACACGCCAGAGCUCAAAGGCAAACUCAACAGGUUUGGGGUCCGGCCUUUACCCAAACGUCAAAUGAUCCUCAAACUCAAGGAGAUUCAUCAGUACACACACCAGCUGGCCAGCUCCGACUCUGAGGAGGACCCGCCCCCCCAUAUGAGGGACCCGCCCCCCCAUAUGAGGGACCCUCCCCCCCAGAUGAGGGACCCGCCCCCACAGAUGAGGGACCCCCCCGGCAUGUCCUGCGGCCAAACGGGGACGUUUAAGGAGCCCAGAGCUCCUGCUGCUGCGUCUGCGGUCGAGCCCGGCCAUGGGGCGGAUCCAGGGCAGCUUUCUGCAUCGCAGGACUCCAACACGUCUUCAGCCGCCUGCAGCGACGAGUCCGAGAGGUCCAACCAGGAGUUCUUCCUCUCUUCUGACGGCGACUCGGACAGCGAUGGCUGCAUUUCGUCCUCGCAGGCAGCAACGCGUCUCCAGGACCGCCUCCAGGCGGUCCGCAACUUCAUCCUGUCCAACCCCGAGCUGUACAGUCAGAUCCUGCAGUACCGACCGCUGGUUCUGCCCCGCCUCCAGGAGCAGCUCAAGGCCGCUGGGAUCCGCCUGGGCGCUGCCAAACUGGUGGACUACCUGGACUCUCAGUGCAUCACCUUCACCACGGCCAAGCCAGGCAGGCCAGGCAAGCCUGCAGCCAGGGGCAACAGGGCCGGCAGGGGGGCAAAAGCAGCAAGCAGGAAAAAAGCAGCAACCGGCAUUCCUUAAGUGAAAAUCGGAUCUGAAAGUGACGGAGGGAAGACUUUGUAUUUAACACUCGUGUUUUCAUUAUUGUGUUUGGAAUUUCAUCUUAACUGUAAAUAGACUUUUUCUAUCGUGUGUCCAGAUGUUCCAACCCAAUAAAAACAGAAUUCCUGUUCA